AUGGCCAAGUACUCCGAAGAACAAUUGUUCCAAAUCAAAGAGGAAACGUCUUAUAUUCCGCAACCAACAAUUUUAUCAGCCUUUAACGAAUUAAUCGAACAAGUCAAAGAACAACAACUGCAAGCAGAACAUGCCAAGAGAUGGAACAACAAGGACACCUAUAUUGACGAGCACGGAAAUGAGAAAUCUUACCACCAUUUAAACAGACGCAGGGGCUCCAGAUCGGGUACCAACCAAAAACCAUACUUGAAGAAGAAGAAUGAGGUGAUCAAGACUGAAGAUGGAUGGGAGAUGUCGGUUCCUGCCGGACACCACAAGAGUGGAAGUUUUGGUACUAAUGACAAUAACGAAGGUAGUGACGAGAGAAGCAAGUUUAGGGAGUCAGUUGGAAUUAAAGCUAGGCCAAAUAAUAAGAAUUUGGGCUCUUCAAAAGCUGUGGACCCUAGAGAAAUCGCUAGUGAUAAACAAACAAAGACAUUUAAUGCUUUUGAAGCAUUGGAGGGGGAUGAUGAUGAUGAUGAUGAUGAUGAUGAUGACGAAUGA